AUGGUCUUUAAUUUAUUUUUAUUUACUUUUUUUUACAUAACCAUAACGAUAAGUACUGUUCUCGGUCAAACAGUACCUAUCGAUCAAACUACUCCUAAUAUUACCGUUCAGGGGAGUCCCGCUCAACCAAAUGACGCUGCUAGCCCUAUCGCUACAGGUGACAUUAGCAUUUGCACGACUUGUGAUGAAGUAAAAGUCGCAUGUGGUUCAAAAUUCAAUCUCCCUAAAGUGAACUCUCAAGGCACUUAUAUUGCUUCAAAUCAAUGUUAUUGUAGUUAUGAUGUGUAUAAUUCUUUGUCUCAAUGUUUGAUUUGCUAUAAUGGCGCAAAUGUGGGAAAUAGUACUUUGGAUAGUCUUGACGAUUGGAACGCUACUUGCACUGUCUUAGGCUCUUCACUCGACCAAAAUAACACGACGCAAUCGAACCAACCUGUUGUUCAGCCAACUAAUAAUAAUAAUAAUGCUACGGAUUCUUCUGAUGAAAAUCUAAUACGUGCAAUAGGCUUUGCUGGAUGUGUUGUUGUUUUAGUCUUACUUUUCAUGGCCAUUGUCAUUUUCAUUAGGAAACGUAAACAUAAGUGGAGAAAAAUCGAGGACUACAACCCUGAUAUAUCAAAACCCACAAAAUCAUUAGAUUUAGUAGAUGAUUACAAACAGACUUCCCAAGAAUACGAUCAAUAUGACGAUGAAACUAUUGGUCAAGCAAUACUACCUGUAGCCGCCGCCCCUGAAAUUAUUACUAUAAUCCCUGAAGUUCAUAUAAUUGAUGAAAAUUCAAUCGUUGAUUUCAGUGAUAAUAUCAUUGAUAGCCAGCUCCAACAACAACAAUACUAUUAUUCUAGUGAACAACAGCAACAUAUUGUCCCUAAUGGAAACGUAUAUUAUUCUAGUGAACCGCAGCAACAUAUGGACCCUAACGGAAAUAUAUAUUACAUUUAA